UCUUACAGCAGCAAGUUUUCUGUCCUGUGAUUGGCCAAUAAUAACAAUGUUAUACCAAACAACAAGGGUAUUUUAGGGUUUGAAAAGGUAGGCUAGGUUUGAUUAUGGUGUUAGCUUUGAUAAUGUAUUGGCAAAGUUUUAUUGGAACUUUGAUCAAUACAUUAGUGAUUAAGAGCAUGUAAACCUAUUUACUUACUUGAUACUUGAGUUUUGCCGUCUCUGGCAAGAGUACUUGGCCAACAUUGAUUGGUAGUUUUUCCAGUAGACUUCACAGCUUAAGAAAAAUGAUACCAAAAUCCAGAAUCAGAAGAUGAAAACAGGCAAUCAUACAGCUUGUAAUGCACGAUUGUUAUACUUCACAGCAUCUCAGUAAUCAAUACAUCAGCCAUACUGUGCACACACCUAAAGAGGCACUGAUAAACAUUGUAACAACCAUGGAGUAUCAUCCAUAUGGAAAUGUGUUAUUUAAGGCUAUUGAUCGCUGUAACUGGCAAGAAGCAAGACGUAUCUGUGAAGAACAUCCAAACCUUAUUAACACUUACGACAAUUGGAAUGAAACACCAUUAUUAUGUGCUAUGGUACAUAUGCUGCAACGUGUACCAGAAGACUUGAUGCUACUGAUGGUUGAAAAAGCUACAGUAGGGAAUAUAGAAUAUGAAAACAAGGGUGGUGAAACUAUUAUCAGUUUUUUGGCACAGCAUAUGUAUACAUCAGCAUUGAGAUGUGCAUUGGAAAAGUCUGCGAGGAAAAUAAACACAGGAAACAAUUAUAUAAAAAUAGCCGGUAAAUAAAGUAAACAUCAUCAAAUUUAAUCUCAAACCUGAGUCAGCUAAACUGGUUGUAGCUACUGGUGUGUCCACAAAGAAUUUUCUUUCGCAACUCCAUAUCAGACUUUUUCAUUUUGAACUAUUCCAUUCCUCAGGGUUCAAUUUUGGGACCUCAGUGGUUUUCGUGAAAUUUUAACCUUUCUUAUCAUAUUUAUGCUGAUAAUAAACAGGUCUAUAUUUCUUUUAAAGUUGCUGAAGAAUUUGAUAUGAAGAUUGAAUCUCUCAGAAAUUGUAUUUCUGAGUUGAAAACUUGGAUGUCCGAAAACUUCUAAAAGUAAAUGAGCACAAGACAGAAUUCAUCGUCUUGUUCCCCUCAACAAAGGAAAAAAUGCCAAGACCUCCACAUCAACAUUGGAGAAUGUCAUAUCGAUCAAGUACCUCAUGUAUAGAAUUUGGGUAUUACGCUUGAUUCUUCAAUGACUUUGAGUUAGCACAUUCUCAAAAUCACCAGCUCCUCAACAUAUCCCAUGUGCAAUAUACAUGCAUUUGUUACCUCACAUCUUGACUUUGGAAUUCUCUUGUUUUUUUGGUUUUGAUAUAUAUCAGUCGUUGAAACAAAAAAUUAUGACAAGGCAU